UUUUUCCGAGUUUUCCCCAUAUCUCCUUUUAACUCUGCUAUUGCCUUCCACUUUCUAUUGUUUAACAAAUUCUCUGAACAUGACUGUUCUUGUGAUUGGGUUGUCGGUUUCACAUAUUCUUCGCAAUUUCUAAUGAUACUCUGAAUUCUUCUAAAUAGUAUUUAAAAGUUUUGAAUAUAUUUACUCAUUUUGUAUAAGCACGACAUUUUUUAAACAAAAUAAUUUUAUAAAAUAUUAAAGAAUACAUCUAUAUUUAAAUUUUUAAAAUUAUUUUAGGCUAUCAUUUUAUGAUUAUAUUUAAGUUGCCGAUUCUUUCGCCAUUUACUUUGGCUUUGCUAAGCUUAGUUCGAGAUAAAGGAUCGAUUGCUGGUUGUAUUCCAAGUACUCGAAGUCAUGGAACUGAAGUAUUUGAAAUAGCUACAACCUCUCAGGUAAGUGAACCUAGAUGUAACUGUCAACAAAAUACGAUUAUGGAAUUAAACACACAAAUGACAAUUAAUGAUGUUGUAGUAAAAUUUACACAUCGAGGUGAUAAUAUUGGUGAAGGGAAUUUUGGUCUGGUUAUACAUGCUUUUGAUUCUGAUAAUAAUAAAUGUUUUGCUCUAAAAGCAUCUGUAAUUGAUGAAGGAAAUGAACACGUAGUACAAAGAGAAUUGGAUGUUUUAAAUUAUUUUAAUACAUUGGAAGAACAACAUGGAUUUGCAGCAAGAAAUCACAUUAUAAAAAUGCAUGAAAUGUAUGUAGGUGUAAAAACUCGGUAUAAAUGA